UCCAUGUAGUUUAAAGGUAGUGCUGGAGAAGUUGUGAAAGCAACCCAGGUGGUUUGAGUUUAUCCGUCGAGCACUGCAGUGUUCCUCCUUUUCUUUUCUCUUUCAUAGUAGAUUGUGUCGUGUUUUUAAAGGAACCGUUGCUCCGGACUCGACGACACACGCUAAAGAGGAGCUAACAUUAACAUUUAACAUCAACUCUGAAUCUGCGCUUUCUUCAAGUUCACUUUUACUGUCGAGUUGGCAAAGAUGUUUCAGAUAAAGAGGAUCUGUUGCAUUGGUGCUGGAUACGUGGGGGGCCCAACAUGUAGCGUGAUCGCUCACAUGUGUCCAGAGAUCACCGUGACCGUUGUGGAUGUCAACGAGUCCCGCAUCAAAGCCUGGAACUCAGACACUCUGCCCAUAUAUGAGCCGGGCCUGAAAGAGGUGGUUGAAUCAUGCAGAGGGAGAAAUUUGUUUUUCUCUACAGACAUUGACUCAGCCAUCAGGGAAGCAGACCUCGUUUUUAUCUCUGUUAACACUCCAACCAAAACCUACGGCAUGGGGAAGGGUCGUGCGGCUGAUCUCAAGUUCAUCGAGGCGUGUGCUCGGCGGAUCGUUGAGGUGUCCGAUGGCUACAAGAUUGUCACAGAGAAGAGUACGGUGCCAGUACGAGCUGCUGAGAGCAUCAGACGGAUAUUCGAUGCCAACACAAAACCUAGCCUCAACCUACAAGUGCUGUCCAACCCAGAGUUCCUUGCAGAAGGAACAGCAGUGCGGGAUCUGAAAGAGCCAGACCGCGUCCUGAUUGGUGGAGACGAGACAGCCGAAGGUCAAAGGGCAAUCCGAGCACUGUGUGCCGUGUAUGAACACUGGGUCCCUAAGGCACGAAUCAUCACCACCAACACGUGGUCAUCUGAGCUGUCUAAACUGGCAGCCAAUGCAUUCCUGGCACAGCGAAUCAGCAGCAUUAACAGUAUCAGCGCUCUGUGUGAGGCCACCGGAGCCGAUGUGGAGGAGGUAGCUAAGGCGAUCGGCAUGGACCAGAGAAUUGGCAGCAAGUUCCUUAAAGCCAGCGUCGGUUUUGGUGGCAGCUGUUUCCAGAAGGACGUGCUAAAUCUGGUCUAUCUGUGUGAGGCCCUCAACCUGCCUGAAGUGGCCUCUUACUGGCAGCAGGUGAUCGAUAUGAAUGAGUACCAGAGGCGGCGGUUUGCCUGCAGGAUCAUUGACUGCCUCUUCAACACGGUCACGGGCAAAAAGAUCGCGCUGCUGGGCUUCUCCUUCAAAAAGGACACAGGCGACACAAGAGAGUCGUCCAGUAUCUACAUCUCAAAGUAUCUGAUGGAUGAAGGGGCCAAGCUGUUCAUCUAUGACCCCAAAGUUCUCAAGGAACAAAUUAUUCAUGACCUCUCCCAGCCCCACAUCUCAGAGGACAACCCAGAAAGAGUAUCGGAGCUGGUGACUGUGACCUCAGACCCCUAUGAGGCUUGCCAGAGCGCACAUGCUUUGGUCAUCUGCACUGAGUGGGACAUGUUUAAGGAACUGGACUAUGAGAAGAUUUACAAGAAGAUGCUGAAGCCGGCCUUCAUAUUUGAUGGUCGCAGAGUGCUGGAUCACCUCCACUCUCACCUCCAGAACAUCGGCUUCCAGAUCGAGACCAUCGGUAAGAAAGUUACAGCAACAAGGAUCCCCUAUGCCCCGACAGCUGUAUGUCCUCGCAUCAGUGCCAGCGAACCUCCCACCAAGAAAGCCAAAAUCUAAAACUCACCUCAAACACACACAACACAUUCCUCUCUCAACCUUUUUAUUGCUGGUCAAUAGUUUCAUCCAGGUCCAACUCCUCUGAUGUCGGUACACGCCUUACACUCAAAAAAAGCCAAACAGCGUGGCUAAUUGCUCCCCUGCAGCGGGAGAGGAAGAAGUCGAGCCUUCAGUCCCAGACUGUGUGAUCAUGAAUGUUUUUGACUUUUUGGAAGAAGUUGAGAGAUUAAACCAUUCCAGACACACGCAGUUUAUUUUAUACAGUUCAUGCAAAAUAGCAUUUCUAUACCAAACAUUUCAGAUGCAUUCAUACACGCACCAGUCAGUCUUUCUUACAGUAUUUACUAUAUAAUCAAGUAUUGUUGCUAAAUUGCAAAAUGUUAUACUGUUUUUAAAAAAUAUUUUUAUAAAUCAUCUCACUGUAUGUUAAUCAGUAUGUCCUCUGUAUCCAUGAGCGUUUACUGAAAGGGCCAAUGCAAUAAAAUUUGAUGUCUAGAG